AUGGAGGUUGAUUCCGCUGCGGCUGAGGCAAGCUCUUGGCAGCUGGAGGAGGUGCUGGCUUGUAGCGAGGACGAGACGCUCGAUGUUGGUGGGGAGGAGGAAGCUGCUGGGCUUCCUUUCGACGCCGCCGAAGGCGAAGAUAGCGAUGACGAGCCCUCGCCUGCAGGUGGUGCAGGCCUCUGGGACCCAUCUCUAGGGGAGAUCGCGACCCUUGAAGAAGAGAUAAAGAAACUAGAGUUCCCCAACCUCGAAGACGGGACCGGCAACUUUGGGGAGAAAACCAUGGACAACGCAGUCGCGAUGUUGAUGGCGAAGACCGGACGCGGCUUCAGCCUGAAGAGAGAGAAUAAAACAAAGGUGGGUUGCGAGUUCCACUUGGGGCUGUGGUGGGGGGCCGACAUGAAUACACCGCAAGUUGCAAAGACGAAACCUGGGAGGAACGGUCGCCCGAGUGGCUGUGCAGGGACACUCGUAUGUGGAAAGCUUCAGGACCAAGCACCUGCGAACGUUCAACUUCGUCCUGAACGCAGUGAAGUACGAGCAGUGCAGCCAGCACGCCACGGAGGACACUGAAGCACAGAUCCUCGGGGCUCUCAGUUACGAGGCGAUACCUGUCGUGCGUGACGAAGAGGCGGCGCGGAGACUGUUCGAGGAGUUGGUGGCAGACCCGACGAAGGCGAACCUCACGUACGACACCGGCUCCGGAGAGUUGGUGGACCCUUCAAUACCGACGUCCGAAGCCGCUGGUGUCUCCAUGGUGUCCCGCACAUCCGUGCCUCACUUCGCGGAGUUACUUCGUGACCAGAACGUCCACACGGUGGUGCGCAUCACACCGAUGUCUACGGCGUCCGAGUGCGGUCACCUCGUCGCCCUUGGACCGGACGGCUUCUUCCUCU